GGUACAUUAUAUUAUGUAUUUUUAAUUUUUAAAAAUAAUGGUUUUUKAUGUAUUUUAACAUUUUGUUUUAGUGGUGGGUCAAAAGAAAUUAAAGUGUUUGAAGAUAUAAUUAAGUUCAAAAACUUAACUGGUUGUUCAAGUGUUAUGAUAGCACGUACAGCGGAAAAAAAUUGUUCUAUAUUUAAACAGGACGGGAAAUUAGAAUUAUUUACUGUAAUAAGAGAUUACCUACGCCAUGCUAUUGACUACGACAAUGUUGCUCCGAAUACAAAAUACUGUAUUCAAAAUAUGCUUCAAAAUAUUCAAGAAACAGAACAGGGGAGAAAUUUUUUGGAGUCAACAUCCUUACAACAAAUUUGUGAUCUAUGGGAUAUAGGUGAUUACUGUCGUCAAAAACAAAARAAAAUGAACUAUCUUCGUUUUGAAGAAAGAGAUGUUGUGUGUAAUGACCAAAAACGAACUAAGGUGAAUUCUGUUGACGGAGAUGAAUCAAAUUAUGAUCAUAGUUUAAAGUGUAUGUAUAUACGAUCAUUAUAUCCAAGACCUGAAGACUUGCCAAAAACUAAACUGUUAAAUUGGGCGAAAAAACACAAUAAGCCAUUACCAAAAUAUCAUACUGAACAACGUGAAAAACUUUUCAAGAGUACAKUGACAUUCGACAAUCAAAAAUAUUCAUCAUCCUUUUGGGAAAAAAAUAAAAGAUGGGCAGAGCAGGGUUCUGCAAUUGUCUGUUUACAUUACUUGAAGGUUUAUGACAUUGACUACAUGAAAAUGAAUGGAAUUCUUGGUUAAUAAUACAUUUUUAUUGUCUUGAAAUUUUCUUUUCAACUAAAUAAAAUUAAUAUUAUAACAUUAAA